AUGAGUGUGGAGGAGUUACGUGCGCACAACGCGAAGAGUGUGUGCGAUAUGUGCAAGUUAGCGUUCACUGAGACCAGGCGGAAAGUCGCCGACCACUGUCAUCUGUCGGGAUGGCUGAGACAUACGCUCUGCUCGCCGUGCAACCUCAUGCUCGUCACACCCAAGUUUGUGCAGUGCUUCCUUCACAACCUCUCGAAAUAUGACGCACAUUUUAUCGUGACCGAAUUCGAUUACGAUAAGGAGUCGAUAACGGUGAUCCCCAACACCGAGGAGAACUACAUUUCGUUCUCGAAGCGCGUCAUGCCCGACUUCAGUGUGAGGUUCUUGGACUCGUGUCGGUUCAUGGUCUCGAGCCUGGCCGAGCUGGCCGGGAACCUCCUCACGAAGCCCGGUGACUUUGAGAAGUUCCGGGAGACCGCCAAGGUGUUCCAGCCCGCCGAUAUGCCACUUGUCACGCGAAAGGGCGUGUUUCCGUACGAGUAUACCGACAAAUGGUCGAGACUUGAGGAGACCGCGCUGACGCCGAAACGCGAGUUUUACAGCAUGUUGUCCGAGAAGCACGUUUGUGAAGAGGACUACGUGCACGCUAUGGAGGUGUGGCAACAUUUCAACUGCACGACUCUCGGUGACUACAGCGACCUCUACCUGAAGGUGGACGUUCUCCUUCUGGUCGACGUGAUGGAGAACUUCCGCGACCUAUGCAUGUCGACGUAUAACCUCGACCCCGUGUAUUAUUAUACGGCGCCGGGGUUUACGUUCGACGCCAUGUUGAGGUAUACGGGCGUCUCACUGGAGUUACUCACGGAUUACGACAUGAAACUGUUUAUGGAACAGGGGAUUAGAGGGGGGUUGGUUCAGGCCAGUGAACGGUACUGUCGAGCGAACAAUCCCAAGUCACCGGGAUACGAUGCUGAGAAGCCACCGUCAUGGCUCGUUUACCAGGAUUGCAACAACUUGUACGGGUAUGCCAUGGGAGAAUACAUGCCCUACGGAGGGUUCAAGUGGUACGAGGGGGAUUUGGAUCGCUCUCUAGAGCUGUUGGACGGUAUGACCGACAAAUCCGACGUUGGACGUGUCUACGAGGUCGAUAUCGCUUAUCCCGAUAACCUGCAUGACGCGCACAACGAUCUCCCCUUCUUACCACGGAACGGUGUGCCUCCAGGAUCGAAAGUGAACAAAUUAAUGGCCACCCUUGAACGUAAAGAGCGGUAUAUUGUUCACUAUAGGAAUUUAAAGCAGGCCAUUGCUAAUGGACUGAUAGUGGAAAAAGUUCACAGGGUGUUGGAAUUCCGACAGUCGGAGUGGCUUGCUAAAUAUAUAAAUUUAAAUACCGAGAUGAGAAAGAAGGCUGGCAACGAAUUUGAACGUGAUUUCUACAAACUGCUUAAUAACGCGGUGUUCGGGAAAACUAUGGAAUGCGUUCGGAACCGUAUCGCCAUGGAAUUGGUAUCCUGCCCGCGACGAAUGCGGAAACUUGUAAAUAAACCAACGUUCAAACACGUGACCACGUACACCGAGAAUCUGGCCGCUGUAUCAUUGCAAACGAGUGAGGUAUAUUUCUCCAAACCUAUUUACGUAGGGUUUGCCGUCCUGGAAAUAAGCAAGGAGUUAAUGUACGACUAUCAUUACAACGUGAUGCGGCGGCAUUACAACGAUUCGAUUAGACUGAUGUACAUGGAUACAGAUUCCCUGGUGUAUCGAGUGAACACGAAAGACUUUUACAAGGACCUGGUGGACAACCCCGCACUCCUCGAACGUAUGGACACCUCGAAUCUCCUCGUCACCCACCCCUGCUACGUCGGUACGCGUAAGAAAAUACCGGGAUCGUUCAAGGACGAAACGGCUGGGCGUACUAUGUACGAAUUCAUCGCACUCCGCGCGAAAUCUUACGCGUACAAAAUCGAGGGGGGCGAAAAACUUGUGGCCAAGGGGAUUCGAGGGCAUGUGGUCCGAAAUCACAUGACGUUGAAGCGGCACAGUAUAUCAAUGCCAGACCGUACCGUGAGUGUCCGUGAAUGGCCGUGUCGUGAAUGGCCAUGCCGUGACUGGCCGUGCCGUAAGUCAUCGUCCGCCAUACGUAGAAUUAAAAUACAUAUUUUUAAGAGUUAUGUCUGA